UCUUGUGCAGGUACUACACGAAUUUGAAACGCGACAAACUCUACAACGUCAUUAGCCUGGAGUUCACCAAGACUAAGUUGGAGCCUCAAGUGGAGUCACCCAGUCUGGUUCCGCAGAAGUUCCGCUUUCCCUUCUUCACGCAGCUCAUGUGGUACGCACUGGACAAGUACGCGCACUCUCUGCGUUACUACCUGGAACAGUUUCACGGGUACAAGCCUGAUGACAGUACCACCAUCACACCCACUGGCACCAUCGUCAUGGACACCAUCGUCAUGGACGCCAUAGAUACUGUGGACAACACCAUCGACAUUGCAAUGGACACCACCAUUGACACUGCCAUGGACACAAGUACUAGCGGCAAGGAGAAAGAAGAGAGCGAUACUUCCCACACUGCUACAACUACUGCUGAUGCUACCGAGCCGAGUGAUGCGAAGUGUGAGACCGAGAGCGUUGCAACACCAGAGCCACCUGUUGCCGACGCCACCCCGGCAAAGUCCACACGCGUUGAGAAAGCGCACAUUUCCGACAGCCCGUCCUCCGCUAGUCCCAGAAUGCGGCGUCGCAAGGCUGCAAUCGCCGCGGCCGCCGCCAUUUCCAUCACCGUGGCAACACCGACGCGCGCCUCCUCAGCCGCCAGCUCCAGCCCGACACCAACGCGUGCAGCAGCAGACAGCGCAGCCGCCGUAGCCAGCUCCAGCCCGACACCAACGCGUGCCGCCUCCACCCCGUCGUCAUCGCUGGUGGUGCGUACCAGUGCUGAGUCGUCACCCAGUGCACUGACGGAUGAGACGCGGCCGGAUCAUCCUUGCAUCUCCACCAACUCCAGUACCAGUAUAUCAUCUUGUGACGACCACAUUGAAGUCUGAAUUUGAAGUGCGAAGAUGCUUCAGCAACCACAUCGUACUUUUCCAUUGCUUUCAUUGUGCUUCUUCUGUGCAUGUGUGUAACUUGUGGGGUAUAUAUGUGAUGACAUUGUAUGCUGGCGACACGGUCAGAUUUUGUCCAUGCGUGUAACGUACACCUGCAUGUUAUGCAUUGAAAAGGAUCUGCCACUUGCGAUCCUGGGACAAGUAUCAGGUCAGCUUUGUCUUGUGUGGGCUGUACCAGAUUGCUGUUCACUUUUCCAUUUGUUGGAUAUGUGACUUUCUGCAAGUCUCUGGUGUAUGGUGGCCACUUCUUUGCUUGUCACUUUGUAUGAUAUUACAUUCUGUAUUCGCUGCUUCCAUGGCGUGGUCUGCAAACUGCAAUCCUUCGGCAAAUGUCAUGUUUGCUGUGUUGUGCUUUGGCCGUCAGCUUGUCUACACGUUGUAGUUGAAUUAUUUUGUUCCACAACUGACUUCCUUUUAAAAGUACAGUGGCCACUGCUUUGCAUUUUA